GCUGUGUCUCAUCGCCAAGUCCUGAAUCACAAAACCAAGUUUGAGAGAAAUGGAAGAAGUGAAAGUGGUGAUUGUGGGAGCAGGCCCUGCUGGGCUUGCAACUUCUGCAUGCCUCAAUCUUCUCUCCAUCCCAAAUAUAGUGCUGGAGAGGGAGGAUUGCUAUGCUUCCUUGUGGAAGAAAAGAUCUUACGACCGCUUGAAGCUCCAUUUAGCAAAGCAAUUCUGCGAGCUUCCCCACAUGCCCUAUCCACCUAAUGCACCAACCUUCAUUCCCAAGGGAGACUUCAUUCGCUACAUAGACCAGUAUGUGUCCUGCUUUGGGGUUAACCCACGGUGUUGCCGCGCAGUUACUUCUGCCUCCUAUGAUGAGACUGUUGGGAGGUGGCGAGUUGUGACCAAGAACUUGAGUUCAAAUGAGAAUGAAGUUUAUGUGGCAAGCUUCCUUGUGGUUGCUACGGGAGAAAAUAGCUCGGGCUUUAUUCCAAAAAUUCCUGGGUUGGAUAGCUUCGAAGGAGAGUGCAUGCACUCCAGCCAGUAUGAGAAUGGGCAGAAAUUUAGUGGUAAAGACGUUUUGGUGGUUGGUUGUGGAAAUUCAGGCAUGGAGAUUGCUCAUGAUUUGACAAACUGGGGCGCAAGGACUUCGGUUGUUGCUCGUAGCCCAGUUCACAUUCUCACAAAGGAGUUGGUAUUACUUGGAAUGACGAUGCUAAAAGUCUUUCCAUGUAAUUUUGUUGACUCAGUUGUUAUGGGGCUUGCCAAAUUUAAGUAUAGAGAUUUAUCAUCUUAUGGCCUUAAAAGGCCAACGAAGGGACCAUUUUACCUUAAAGCAACUACAGGUCGUUCCCCGGUUAUUGAUGUUGGCACCAUAGAGAAUAUUAAGAAAGGAGAGAUUCAGGUUUUGCCAUCUAUGACAAACAUAAAAGGAAAAGACAUUCACUUUGAAAAUGAGAAGUCGAAGCAGUUCGAUGCAAUAGUAUUCUCUACUGGUUACAAAAGUACUGUGCAAAGUUGGUUGAAGGGUGGUGAAGACCUUUUUAAUGAAGAUGGAAUGCCAGCAAAAAGUUUUCCACAUCAUUGGAAAGGAAAAAAAGGGCUCUAUUGCGUUGGAUUUUCUCAAAGAGGCUUGUUUGGUAUAUCAGAUGACGCACAGAAUAUAGCAAAAGAUCUUAAUAUAAUCUUAAAUUGAAAAGCUAAGAGGGAAAGGAUGUUUCGUGCUCGAUAAAUACUUGUGAAUAAUAUAUCAAUAAGAUUAUUUUAGCUUUUGUUUUGGUGAAAGUGGGGAGGGGAGAGAACGGUGUAUUUUAUUUGCAUAAAAUAAAGAAAGUUUAUUUUUCAUUGCAA